AUGGUCGAGAUAAGAGACGAGCUCGUCUGGUUUAUUACCGGCUGCUCCUCCGGCUUCGGCCACGAACUCGUCCUCGCCGCCCUCGCGCGCGGCGACUGCGUAAUCGCCACCGCGCGCGACCCCGCCAAACUCUCCUCCCUGCCCCCUUCCCCCAAACUGCACCUGAUGCAGGUCGACGUCACCGAGGGCUUCCCCUCCCUCCAGCGGAAGCUCACCGCGGCGGCGGAGCGCUUCGGCCGGCUCGACGUCGUCGUGAACAACGCGGGGAUGGGCGUGCGCGGCUUCUUCGAGGAGCGCGGGUCGGACGCGACGCGCGAGCAGUUCGCCGUGAACGUGUUCGGGCUGCUCGACGUCACGAACGCGGCGCUGCCGCACCUUCGCGCGCGCCGGAGCGGGACGAUCGUCUACCUGGGGAGCAGGUCCAGCUGGCGGGAGACACCGUCCGCAGGCAACUACUGCGCCUCCAAAGCUGCUGUCCGAGUCCUCGCCGAAUCCAUGAACGCCGAAAUCGCCCAGUUCGGCAUCCGCAGCCUCAUCCUCGAGCCCGGGGCCUUCAAGACUGGGGUCAUACCGGGGAAGAUCCCCGACCUCCCUCGUGGACCUGCAGGCCCCAUCGCGGACUACGACCCUUUAGCUGACGCCGUCCAGGAAGCAGCCAACAGGAUCAAUUUCAAGGGCGACCCCCGCAAAGCGAUGGAGCUCCUCGUAGACGUCGUCAAGGGCGAGGGCAAGGCGAAGGGCAAGAAGUUCCCGCUCCACCUGCCGUUGGGCGUGUUAGGGGAGGAGGGCGUGAAGGACAAGCUCAAGAUCAUGCAGGAUGUCUUGGAGGAAUGGGGACCGAUUAUUCGAGACUUGGAUUUCGAUGCGAAGGACUAG